AUGUCGUUCAAUAAAUUGAUGGAGAGAAAUAAGGUGAGAGUAUGCGUGAUAUCAGACACACACCUGCGUCAUAAGAAGGUUAUAAUACCCGAGUGCGAUCUUCUAAUAUGUUGUGGAGACUUCUCGUCUGGAGGGAAAAAGGAAACGGUGGAGUCGUUUGCGAAGUGGCUUGAAGAAACGCCGUCUAAAGAGCGUGUUGUGGUCUUUGGCAAUCACGAGAACAAAUAUGUGGCACAAUUUCCAGAGGCGAGAAGUUGGUUUACGGAUCAUUGUACUCACGCGCACUUAUUAUUGAACGAGAGGGUGACUCUUUUUGGUAUUGAAAUCUUUGGUGGGUGUUAUGCGAUAGAUAGGACAUUAAGUGAAAAGCAACUUGUAGAAAUGAUACAAGGAGUCGACUUAGUUGUUACACACGAGCCACCUUACUCAGUUGUCGCGACAGACGUUGAACACUUGGGAUCAAAAAUACUCAAGAAAGGAAUAGCAGAAACGAAGUGUGUUAAGUGUCAUGUCUUUGGACAUUCACAUGGGGAUUAUGGGUAUCAAAAGAUUAAUAACAUCCUCUACGUGAAUGCCGCACUUUGUAUCAAAAAGUCGACUUUGAAGUUUAAGCCAAUGUUACUCGAAUAUGUCGAAGGAGAAACUCAAGUCGUCAACACUUUCGAAGCACAAACAAUUAAUAGAACAAAUUUGGAAAUUGAGUGUUAA